UUGCCUCUGGCAAGACAGCUCACAAACCUUACUGGCAACGCAUGGAACAAGACGCUGAAUGGUGGUCAGGCUAAGCAGAACGAGUACAUUCUUCUGCAUGAGUUCCACCGCCUGAAGUGCAUCUAUCCUGAUAAGACAUACCACAAGAAAGCGCCGGGCGGGGUCGGGAACAAAGGCAAAUGGGACAACUUCAAGGGUGGUCUCGUGUUUGAGCCGAAGCGUAGUCUUUGGGACAAGUGUAUCGUCAUACACAUCAACUCGCUGUAUCCGAAUAUCAUCCAGGAGUAUAAAAUUGACUUCACUACCCUCGAGUGCUUGCAGGAUGUAAGUGACUAG